AUGCCCAAGGGACAAGUCAACCCCCCCAAUGCGACGGUCCUCGUUGGGGCAAUGGCAAAGAUUGUCGAGAGAAGAACCAAGACGAAGCAGAACAUUGAAAAAACUAAAAAGGAGCUCGAUAAUAUGACAAAGAAGAAUGCCCCUCAAGUUGAAAGGGACCGGCAGGCGACCAAGAUCCGAAAGCUCGAAUCCGAACUAACGGGAUGGCCUGCUACCUAUGAGACCGAGUUGAAACGAUGGCUCCUUGCGCAGGAGUCUGUUGCGAAUGGAAAAAUGGGGUCUACUUUACCCCAGGAGAUCAAGAACGAGAUUUCCAAGUACCUCCAGACUUCUCGUAUCAAGCAGAUCGAACAGGAGGUUCUGAACAGGAAGUAG